AUGUCAACGACCUCUGCGGGGACAGGAAAAUCCCAUCGAAUUCUCGCAUGUGUUUUAUGUCAGCACAGAAAAAUCAAAUGUGAUAGAAAUACACCAUGCUCAAACUGCUUGAAGGCUGGUGUCACUUGUACACCGAGCACUCCUGCUCCCGCCCGGAAGCGACGGAGGCCGAACCAGGACUUGCAGCAGCGCCUUGCACGGUGCGAGGAGCUGUUGCAGGAGUAUGCAACGGCAAAGCCUUCUAGCACAAGCCCCGAAUCUGGAAAGCCAGAGGAGUCAUGGAAGACCAUGGGCAAGCUUGUCGUUGAUGAUUCGGGAGUGCGAUUCAUGGACAGUUUUCUCUGGGCGACAGUCCAUGAUGAGGUUCGAGCUAUGCGUGAAAUAAUCGACCAGGAUGAGAAGGAGGAGGACAACUCUGCCACGACUCCAGCUGAUGGCCUGACUCCGGAUCAUCACGCAGGUCUCCUGUUUUCAAACGACUCUGACGCCAAUCUGGAUGAGCUGCAUCCCAACCCAGCACAUGUAUUCCGUCUUUGGCAUACAUUUCUUGAAAGAGUCAAUCCGAUUACGAAGGUCAUACACGUGCCUACAGUACAACCAUUAGUUGUUGAAGCUGCUACUAACCAAGCCAAUUUGCCCAAGAAUGUAGAGGCUUUGUUAUUCUCGAUAUACACCCUCGGGGUUGUUGCCAUGACGGAAUCAGAAUGUAUCACUGUGCUUGGGCUCUCCAAAGACGACGCAUACGCCCGCUUUUCAAAAGGUGCACGUGUGUCUUUCAUGCGUACGGGAAUUCUGCAUAAAUACGAUCUCGUUGUCUUACAGGCGCUAGUAUUAUACUUGACUUCCCUCAUGGGUCGUUAUGAUCGCCACGCUGCAUGGGUCUUGAAUGGAGUCAUCAUCCGCAUUGCUCAGAAGAUGGGACUUCAUCGCGACGGAGAGCUUUUGGGGUUAUCGCCAUUUGACACAGAAAUACGUCGGCGGAUAUGGUGGCAGAUCAUAUUGACGGACGCGAUAUAUGCCAUGAUGUCAGGGUUUGGGCAGUCCAUGCUACCGCGGCACUGGGAUACCAAAGAGCCGAGUAAUGUGAACGAUGCUGACCUCUUCCCAACGAUGACCAAAGUGGAAUCCAAAGACGGCCCUACAGACAUGGUUCUCUGUCUCAUCAGCAACAAGAUUGCCGCCUUGCUUUCUGAAAAUCCUGGCCUCGAAAACGUCAUACUUCAGAAUGAGCGAGCGAGCGCUAUCAGCCCGGCCUCCGCUGAAGUAGAGGCAGCUCAAGCGCGAAUCGAAGAGCUCGGUGCCGACAUUGCUGAGAUAUUAAGAAAAUACGGCGACCCAUCAAUGGGCCCGAUCCAUGAAUUGGCAGCGUGGCAGGGACAGAUGAUCAUGGCAAAGCUUCAGGAGCUCGUUCGACCUCCACGAGAUCAACCUGAAUGGGGCACAGAGGUCUUCACGCCUAAAGACAAUCUAUUCAAGAUAGCUGUAACCUCUGGCGAGCACUCACUAGAGACUUAUAAGUUAUGUGAGAAGCGCGGAACUUUUAUGUGGUUCGUCAAAAUACACUUCCAGAUGGAGGUAUUUCAGUUCAUGGUUGGCCAACUCUGUUCCCGCACGAGUGGAUCACUCGUGGACAGAGCUUGGACAGUAGUGGAAGAAGUCUACCGAUAUCAUGAAGAAUUGUUCAAGGCUUCGGUCAGAUCUAAUGCUUCUCUUGGUGUUGUCACAAUCAAGGCAUGGAAAAAGCGCGAAGAGGCAGUGCGGCUUGCCACAGGCACGGCGCCAGAGGCGCCCUGGUACAUCAAUCGACUACGAGAACUCUUAGGUUCAAGCUCCGACUCUCAGACAACCCCAAGCGAUACGACAACAAUGUCACCUUCGUCACGAUCCAUCAAUACACCUGUCAUGCCAAACAAUCUCGAACUGCCGUGGGAUCAGAUGCUUGGGUUUGUUGAUUCGUCGAGUAUAUCUUGGGACGUGUUUGGAAACCCUGGUCAGCCCGCGCCGGUUAAUUACGGCACAUACGCCCCUAAUAUGGGGCCUUAUCAGACCAUGAAUGGUUGGAUGUAA